AUGGCCGACGCCGAUACAGCCCUUGCGACACUGGCUCCAGAGUCCGACGCGCAGGGAGAAGUAGUCGAUGCCUCAACAGACACGACAGUCGCCCUCAAAUCCAACGACACAGCUGUAGCGCCAACCAAGAAACGUCGGCGACCUGCGAGACCCCAAGUCGACAUCGCUACAUUCAAACCUGGCGAGAUACCCCAGCAGACCGGUACUGUUUGGAACAUCUGGUACAACAAGUGGUCCGGUGGCGAUCGAGAGGACAAGUACAUCUCGAAACACCACGCCGAGGGCCGUUGCAACGUCGCUAAAGAUUCUGGCUAUACGAAAGCUGAUCGGGUGCCUGGAUCUUACUUUUGUCUCUUCUUUGCACGUGGAUUAUGUCCCCAUGGCCAUCAGUGCGAAUACCUCCACCGAUUACCGACGAUUCACGACCUAUUCAACCCUAACAUUGAUUCCUUCGGUCGAGACAAACAUUCGGAUUAUCGUGAUGAUAUGGGUGGUGUCGGUAGUUUUAUGAGGCAGAAUAGGACGUUGUAUAUUGGAAGAAUACACGUGAGCGACGAUAUCGAAGAAAUCGUUGCUCGGCAUUUCGCCGAAUGGGGCCAAGUUGAGAGAAUAAGAGUUUUAAACUCCCGUGGUGUCGCGUUCGUUACAUACACCAACGAAGCCAAUGCUCAAUUCGCUAAGGAAGCGAUGGCGCAUCAGUCGCUCGACCAUAACGAAAUUCUGAACGUCAGAUGGGCUACGGUAGAUCCUAAUCCGCUAGCACAGGCCCGUGAUAAGAGGAGGAUAGAAGAGCAGGCUGCAGAGGCAAUUAGGCGGGCUCUACCAGCGGAAUAUGUGGCAGAGUUAGAAGGCAAGGACCCUGAGGCGAGGAAAAGAAGAAAGAUGGAGAGCGGGUUCGGUCUCCAGGGUUUUGAAGCUCCCGAGGAGAUCUGGUAUAACAGAGGCGCUGAUGCUGUAAAUCCUGUUGGCAGACAGGGUUACGAAGAGUUAGAAGGCAUGGAGAGAGCAGGAUUUAUCGAGGCUCCGCCACCAGAAGAGAAAGGCGGGAUCUUGUCAGGAAGUACUCUCGCAGCGCUGAAAAACUAUGCACAGCAGACACAAAGUAGCAGUAGCGUAAAAGUAGCAGAGAAGGUAACAGGUGGAGGACCCUUAGUCGCUUAUGGCAGCGAUGAUGAUAGCGACUAA